GGCCCUCGGUCGCCAGCGGGGGGAGCCGGCCAUGGAGAGCCGCAUGGAUUUCCAGGCGGCUGCGGCCUCAGCCCCUGGUCUGGGCAGCGACGAGGCCCCGGAGCCGCCGGCCAUGGACACGGAGGAGGGGCCGGCGGCGCGGCCCGGCGCCCCCGAGCUCCGCCGGGGUGUGAGACAGUCCCAGGAGCCCCCCUUCGCCCCCCCGCGGCCUGGCUGCGGCCCCGAGGCCCGGCGGCGGGGUGCAGGGCCCAGCCCGGGGCCUGCCGCAGCCUCGGACGGCGGGCGCGGCCGAGCGGCGCUUUACCAGGGCUCGGGAAGGGAGUUGGAGGAGGCGGCCGCGGCACCGCAGGGCUCCGUCGGCUGGGAGCCCGGUGCCGGGAAUACCCCUGAGGGCGUGGGCCACCCCCGGAUCUCCAGCCGCGGCGACCCGGUGGGCAUGGAGCUGGAUGAGACCCCCGAGGCCAGUGCCCGCCCGGGCAGGGCCGAGUGGGCCAAGGGUGCGGAGGCUGAUCCCGCGGAGAUGCAGGGCCUGCUGGCCCAGCUGGAGACCCUCGACCCCAACCUCAGCGACCACUCGCCCCCCUCGGAGCGGGGCCUGCUGCCCUCCCCAGGUGCGGGCCCGGCCCCUCCAGCAAGCGAGCAGCCCCGGCGCGGUGACAGUGAGUGCCAGGGCAAGUGCCGGCCUUGCCCGCUGCACGUGGCCAUGGGCCGAGGCCUAGCAACGCGGCCCUGCUGUGCCCAGCACUCAGCCUGCUCCCGGCCUUGCCACGGGCUGCUCUUCGCCGAGGCCGACCGGGAGGACUUGCUGAGCCUGUUGUGCUAUGAGGGGGGGCUGCCUGAGGCCGGCACUGAGACUCCCUUGGCCCGCUCCGAUAUCCUGGCUGGGACCAACCUGGAGAUGCUGCAGGCUCAAGAGGAGCCGGCUGCUGUGGAGAAGCCUGAAGGGCUGGAGAGGCCAGAGAGCUCGGAGGAAGGAACUUCCGGCAGCUGGUAUUAUGGAGAAGUGCACUGCGAGGUCGACUCUGCCUGUGAGGGCAAUCAGGACAGUUCCCCGGAGCCAGCCUGGGUGGCCCUGCCUCCCACUCUGGCCCUGGAGCCAGAGCAGCCACCCCAGGGCAGCAUGACCAACAGGAAAUCCCAAUCCUCCUGCUCGACCUUCAAAGAGGUUCCAGGCCCUUGUGACCCGGAGGAUCUGCUGGACGGUGUGAUUUUUGGGGCAAAGUACCUGGGCUCCACACAGCUGGUCUCAGAGAGGAACCCCCCAACCAGCGUCCGCAUGGCACAGGCCCAGGAGGCGGUGGACAGGAUCAAGGCACCGGAGGGGGAGUCCCAGCCCAUGACGGAGGUGGAUCUGUUUGUCUCCACACAGAGGAUCAAGGUGCUCACGGCUGACACACAGGAGGCCAUGAUGGAUCACUCCCUCCAGACCAUCUCCUACAUUGCUGACAUCGGCUCCCUCGUGGUGCUCAUGGCACGUCGGAAACUUCCUCGGCGGUCAGAUGUAGCAGAGGAAAAGCGGCUCUACAAGAUGAUCUGCCACGUCUUCCACUCGGCUGAUGCCCAGAUCAUCGCUCAGGCCAUCGGACAGGCGUUUGGCGUGGCCUACCAGCGCUUCCUGGAGGCCAACAGCAUUGACCCGAGCGAGCUGAGCCCUCGCCAGUACAGCCGUGCUCUCGAGGACCAGGAACAAUACAAUGCAGAGCUGACGCACUUCUCCCGGCAGGAGAACUGCAAGGAUGUCUGCAUCCGGAAGCAGAAGGGGGAGAUCCUGGGCAUUGCCAUCGUGGAGUCAGGCUGGGGCUCCAUCCUGCCCACAGUGGUCAUUGCCAACCUGAUGCACGGGGGUCCCGCGGAGAAGUCGGGCGAGCUGAGCAUCGGAGACCGCCUCAUGUCUGUCAACGGGAUGAGCCUGGUGGGGCUGCCCCUCACCACCUGCCAGAGCAUCAUCCGGGAGCUGAAGCACCAGACAGAGGUUGUGCUGAACAUCGUGCACUGUCCCCCUGUCACCACGGCUGUCAUCCGGCGCCCUGACUCCAAGUAUCAGCUGGGCUUCUGUGUUGAGAACGGCGUGAUCUGCAGCCUGAUGCGUGGGGGCAUUGCUGAGAGAGGUGGCAUCCGCGUGGGGCACCGCAUCAUCGAGAUCAACGGGCAGAGCGUGGUGGCAACACCCCAUGAGAAGAUCAUCCAGAUCCUCACACAGGCGGUCAGUGAGGUCCACAUCAAGACGAUGCCGGCCUCCACGUACCGCUUACUGACCGGGCAGGAGCAACCCCUCUUCCUCUGAGCUGCUGGCCAUGGCCGGCUGUCGCCACACAUGCCUGGAGCCAGGCAGGAGCAAGCCCAGGGCCGUGAGGGCAGGACAGGCUCCGCCUCCUACCCCAGCACCCUCAUGGGAGCCCUCUGGUCCCCAGCAGGGCCUAAUCCUGCACCUCUUUGGUUUUACUCAGGAUGCAGUGGGAGAUUCUGGGGCCCCCGAUAACCAGCUAAGGCAGUGUCAGGGCCUGUGGUGCGUGGUUUGAGCACCUCCUCCCCCUGCCUUCCCCCCUCCCAGCCUCACAGUGCCUGCAGUGUGUGCCUGUCCCGCUGCUUCACAGAGCCCCUCUCCUUGGCCUGGUGCUGGCAGGAGAGGGGACCCCAUGCGAAAGGUCACCCCAUUCAGUCACUACAGAUAGUGCUUUUACACUCACCCACGGUGCCUUUCCCCCUGUGGGGAUGGUGCUGAAUCACAGGUGCGGAGCUCAGCUCGGCACUGACCCUGCAUACCAGUGUGGGGGCACACGCCGGCACCCCCGAGGGAGACCUGGCAGCUCCCAGACUCAGCUUUAAGGGCAGCAGCACCCUUGGCGCCUGCUCCUCCCUGGCUUUGCUGGGGCCCAUCGGGAAUGCAAACGGACUCCCCGUUAGCCCUGGUACACCAUGCUGGGAAACUACCUCUGCUUUUCUCUGGUGCUGCCUUUAACCGCUCUGCACGCACAGCCCAGCCUGCCAGGGCGCUGGCUCGCAGCCCUCAGGGCUGUCCCUCGGCGCAGCGAAAGGGAACAUGGACACUGCUCAGUCCCGCAUCCUGGGGAGCUUGGGGUCCUGAGCCCCAAGGGCCAGCCCCCGGUGAUGUGUCUUUUUGUGAGUGGGUCUCUGGAGCCCUACAGCUGAGGCAGCGCUGCCCUGACUUUGCCUGUGUGCUUGGUUGAUAGAAAAAUAAAAAAAGUUUUGGGGAA